CUUGCCCGUCAGAGCCGCAGAGAGGCAGCCAGGCGUGCGGACCGGGGCAGACCAGCAGCCGUCAGGUAACCGGGCACCCAGCGAUCAAUCGGGUGUAUAAUGACUGAUAAUCACCUGUAUCUAUCACCUCACACACACGGUUCCCUGACAUAUAGUUAUAUGGCUAUUACCCCCCCAUUACCCCCCGGGUCUGUCUGGGUAUUGUAGUCCCCAGCAAGGCUGGCAUUCCCUGGUGAUCCUGACAGGGUACAGAGCUGGCUACUAACAUGGACUGCAUUUCCCACAAUGCCAUGCAGACUUCAGACUGACCCACAAUCCUGGCCAGACCUCCUACAGGGUGCUGGUAAUGCUGCUCACAGCCAGCUGUCUGUCUGUCUGUUCUAAUAGCCCUGCCUGAGAGUGAUGGGAGUUAGCAUGUCCCAGUCUAUAGCCAUGCAUGCUGCUUCAUGGCUGAGUGCUGUGGGAGUUGCCCCAGUCAGUGGCUCCACCUUCCAUGGCUGAGUUUAAUGAGAAAGUUAAAAACUGCAUGAGUGAGGAGUUGGGUGUUUUUUUUUUGUUUUUUUUUUAUUAUAAGACUAUAGUUUCAAAUGGGGGGGGGGAAAAACAAAAAAACCCUCCUUGGUGACCAUGACAAAUUGGGUUCCAAAGUUAUGUCCAAUAUUUGCAGACUAUCAGUGAGCAGGAAGGAUUUUCAGAAUGAAAUUGCCAUUUCACAUACUUAUAAGGGUUUUUAUAUGAGAUUAUAAAACCCAAUCCCACUUUGGAGCUGGAGUAGAGGGGGAAAAACUAGACCUGUAAAUAAAGGAACACUCCACUAUAACAACUUCCAUCACAAUUAAGUUAUGGUGCCAUGAGGUCCCUGGUACUGGUUUACCUUUAGAAAUUUAAGCUGUUCAAAAUCUCUUAAGCGCAGUUUUGCUCUGCCCCUCUGAUAACCAUUUUCUAAAAAUCUUCAGAAUUUUGCAGCCUGGGGUGCUGUUGAUUGGCUUAGAGCAACCAGAUGAUGCUUUAAGCUGAUUUGUAGCUCCUUGUUCUGUUUAAGAAUACUCUGCAACAUAAUCACACAGCCGUAGUGUCAGAAGCUGUUCCAUGGUAAGUAAGCAAACUGUUUUUAUUGCAGUUUGACAACUUGCCUGAGGUCCCUACUUGCAUUCUUAUUCAUUAGGAGAAUAUGGUUAGCUUUACAGAGCUAAUGAAAGAAUUAGCUGAGUGGCCAGGCUUUUGAUUACUAUGCAGAAAACGACAAAUGUGGUACAACUGUCUGUCAAAACAUACUAAAAUGGUUUGAUUUCUAUCCAGGGGCUGGCUUCAGGGCACAGCACCAUAACCACUCCAAUGGACUGUAGUGGUUCUAUUGCUUGGACUCUUCCGUUUAUUUCAUACCAGUCGUUUCAGUGCCCAACUUUGCGGAGAGUUGACCGGUUUCAGUCUGGGGCUAAUUACUUUUUUGUGUAUUGUCAGACCUACAUACUUUGAGCGUUUUGUUUAACGGACCACUAUAGGCACGCAGACCACUUCAGCUCAAUGAAGUGGUCUGGGUGCCAGGUCCAUCUAGCGAAACUGCUAUGUUUACUUUAGGGUUAAUCCAGCCUCUAGCAGCUGUCUCAUUGAGAGGGGCUUAUACGAUUCUCACUGGGAUUUUCAGUGAGAAGACACCAGCGUCCAUAGGAAAGCAUUGAGAAUGCCGCGCAUGCGCAUUCAGCCAAUGACAUCAGAAGAGGGAGGAGAGUCCCCAGCGUAGAGGUAGCCCGGCGCUGGAGAAAGAUGAGUGCUUAACCUCCUUCCUCUCACUUCCUCCCACUUCAGCCUGGCGGGAGUGGGGGCACCCUCAGGGCACUAUAGUGCCAGGAAAAUUUGUUUUUUUUCUUGGCACUAUAGUGGUCCUUUAAGUGGUCAUGAUGCUAGAAAUGCUAUGCUAUUGAGUAAUGCUUUCCAAUAGGCAGUUUGAAUGCGCGCGUGUGGCUCUUGUCGCGCAUUCAGCACUGAUGUCGACAGGGUGAGGAGAUGUGAGGGAGCCUGGCGCUGGAUUAAGGUAAGUGGCUGAAGGGGUUUUAACCCCUCUAGCCCAGCGGCGGAUGGGGGGGACCUAAUGACAAACAAUUUUGUUCUCCUGGCACUCUAGUGGUCCUUUAUGAAGGAAGCACUGCUUCUGCCAAGGAUUGUCGGCAGUUGCCUGAGAUCUACUAUUUGAUGUGGUAUGUAUGUAUGUAUGGCAAACUUUGCCACUUGUAGCAUGCUGAGAUAUAUAUAUAUAUAUAUAAUUUCUGUAAUAACCGCUGUACUAUAUGUAUAACCUUGUUUGAUAAUGUUAUGUGCAUGGAAUUCGUAUGCUAGCAGCCAAAAGCCGCCAGCAUUCAUGUGUUUCGUUUCACGAACAUUGACUUUACUGGCUGUUCAUGAACCGAAUGAGCUACCCCCUAAUAGCCCACACAUAGAGGGACGUGUGGCGCUCAUUAACCGAUUGCAACAAUGUUGCAAUCGGUAAUUAGAGACUUUCCUAGGUGGCCGUCGUUCGGCUACUGACCACGCGGCGGUCGGCCAUCUUGGAUCCUUUGUUUCACCGGCGGUGUCUGGUCGUCAAGCGCGUGGAACUGAAAACGGCUUCAGGAGCUCCGGUCUUUCGUUAAUGUGGUUCCCCAUCGGUGUUCGGUCAGUUUAGGCGAACUCGAUGGCAAAGUGUAUUUCGUGUGGCGUUCGGUUGUUUUAGCUGGGAUCUGAGCAGUAUUCCCACGAAAUGUGCGCUCAGACCCCAGCUAUCUACCGAACGUCCAUUCGUUUAAAUAAACCGAACAGUGUAAAAGUUAUGUAUUUAAAUGUGACAUGCUGGUUCUGCUGCACGGAGGGAUAAUCCACUUAACGGUGUAUUCCAGUGGGAGUAUCCCUCUCGUCCAGCAGUGCCUGAUGGGAGGAAUGUUAAGUCCCCCAUGUAGUCCCCUUCUGUGUUACCCCUGCUAUGUCAUUAGGGAAACCCCUUGCAUAAAUACUGGAUGCUGUGCAUAAAUACCUCAGUUGACUCCCAGAACUGUAUUUCGUCCGGUUACUGGGGGAUUUGGGAUAUUGCCUUACUUUUCAGCGCUUGACUGUGGAUUACCCUCUUUACCACCGGAGAUUGUGGGAUUUAAUAUUGCCGCUCCGCUACAGUAUGCUAAGCACGUCUCUUAAAAUAUGGUAGCAUAGUGAUUUAUUGUGCCUCUUAAAGCGGCACUGUCAUGGUAUAUAUAUAUAUAUAUAUAUAUAUAUAUAUAUAUAUAUAUAUAUAUAUAUAUAUAUAUAUAUAUAUAUAUAUAUAUAUAUAUAUAUAUUUUUUUUUUCACCCUUCCGACUCCACUACAUCUAAUUGACCUCCUAGUCUGCCCACAAGCCCCCUCCACCCCAUAUUACCUAUACUUUUUUUUUUUUUUCUGGACCUAGGUCCUGUCGCCGCCAUAUUUGUGUGGGUAGAUGAGGUCGCUGUGGGAAAAAUCAUCUGCCCACACUAGAUAGCACUGGGAAAUUCCCGCGCAUACCCAGUUAAACACUUGAACAUGCGAACAGAAAUUUCAUCUAUUCAUGCGUCAGUGCUCUCUGCCUCUUCCUAAGCCCCCCAUGUCCUCCCUCACUCUAUAAUAGCAUAAGGGAGAUUGAAAUGUCCCUACUCGCUAUGCUCACUGUUUAAAAAAAUAAAGUGCCCCCACCUGUGCUGUGCGAGUGGGGGCUAUUAAACUGAAGGGGGGACCUAGAGCCCACCCCUGAGCUGUGGGUGGGGGACAUACUUAAAAAUAAGGGGGGGCCCUCUUCUCCUGGCCUCCACCUCUGAGCGGUGAGUGGGGGCCCUAAAUGAAAAUGCCCCUAAGGGGACUAAGGGUCCCAAAGACCCUAGUCACCCCCCACCCAAAUAAAUUUAAUAAUCCCCCAUCUACCCCCCUCACCCUAAAAAUAGUGAGGGGGGGGGAAUAAAAGAACAAAGUACCUUCUGUAAAAAAACAACUUACCAUUUGAUGUCAUCUUGUUUCUAAAAUCAUAAUUUUUCAGCCCCAAAAAAGGCCAAAUAAAAAGCAUAAUGCCAGUCGAAAGAAAAUAAAUAAAUCAAAUGAAAGAAAAAAACCUGACGCUAAAAAGUUAAUCCAUCUUCACCCGGCGAGGGCACGGUGCAGACUGAUCUCCGCAGGGUGGGGAAAGGCUUAUAAAGCCUUCCCACACCCUGUGAUUUGACUCGGAGCACCCAGGGGUGGAAGCUGGGGGGAGGACAAUAGGUUCCCCCUUGUUGUUAUGUAUGGCCACCACCCACUGCUCAGAGGUGAGGGGGGGGUGGGCAAUAGGUCCCCCUCCCCACAUUCACAUUUAAGGCUCCCCCACCUUGCUGCUCAGGGGUGGGGGAGGGGGGAUGGUGUGUGUGUGUGUGUGUGUGUGUGUGUCUUUUUUAUUUUUUUAUUUUUUUAUUUUUUUUUAAAUAACACAGUGAGCAUCCACGAAUAGGAUCGGAGUUUCAUUCAUUCGAAUGAAAUUCCGAUACGAACAAAGUCCUGAAAUACGUCCUAACACGAACAAACAAACUGUUCUCAUUCUGUUAGGAAACCAUUCGUCCGUUUCGCCGGUGUCCUGUUUAAGUGACAAGACGUUCGGGAAAAGUGAAAGGAAGCAUUGCGGGAACAGGGAAGAAAGCGAAGACUUGUGGGAAAAUUUCUCUGACAAUCGGAAAUGAAGCACACUUUGUUCCUCCGCAGGUCAGAGAUGGUCCCUACUUUGUCUUAUGUUUUAAAGAAAAUUAAAUGAGAGGCAGAAAUGAAGAACAGAUUCUGGGAGAGAACAGGAAUCGUGUGGGUUGUUUUUUUUUUUUUUUUAAAGAAAGGUAAGUUUGGCAUGACAGUGCCGCUUUAAUGUGGUGUGUGGGUUGGUUUUUAAUAGACCUCACGGCAGAAGCUGCCAUGUCUGGGUAUCUACUUUAAAUACAGAAAAUUAACAUCUGUGUCUGUUAGUCAUUACUUUUAAUUGGCUAAACUCUCCUUUAUUCCAGGGCCGCACCAGAUCUGCCAGUGCUGGCUCUGCCCUCCUUGGUUGAGAUAAUUGAAACUCACUAUCUCCCACCAACGGAAUCCUUUUCCAUAGGAAAGCAUUGGGAGGCUAAUGCACAUGCGCAGCAAAAUGUCACGCUGUGCCAAUCUCCUCAUAGAAAUUCAUUGACUGCAUGUAUCUCUACGGGGGAAGUUCAGAGUCACUAUGUGGAGUGUGAACGUCUGUGCUGAACAACCCAGGAUGCACCCCUAAUUGCUGUCUGAGUGACUGCUACUGGACGGUGUCCCUAGGGAGCAAUGUAAACACUGCCUCUUCUCUAAAAUGGCCGUGUUUAAAUUAAAUUGCCUGCAUCGACAGGCUAUUAACACCAGAACUACAUUAAAGGGACUCUGUAGUUGCCAAAACACUUAUUAAGAUUAAUAAAGCAAUUUUUGGGUAUAGAUCAUGCCUCUGACAUUUCACUGCCAUUUGAGUUGAAUCACUUUUGUUUUUGUUUAUGCAGCUUUAGGCACGUCUCCCCUGGCUGUGACUGACCGUCUGCAUGAAUACCAAAUGGUUUAUUUUUAUCUUCUGUCUUGUAAAUUUAACUUAAAUCACACAUAGGAGGUUUCUGUAUGGUCUAGCAAGCUAUCAACAGAGUAGGAGAUAAAAUAAAAAAAAAAAUAAAAAAAAUUCUAAAAUUAAACAAUUUGCAAUAAAGUAUGUGUAAACAUUAGCUGGCUCUUUACAGGAAGUGUUUUUUGAAGGCUAUGUAAAUCACAUGCAGGAAGUUGUCCUAGGGCUACAUAAAGUGAUUUAACUCAUAAGUUGUAGAGAAUUGAGCAUUACCACUACAGGAAUAUAGUCUGUACACCAAAAUUGCUUCAUUAAGCUAAAGUUGUUUUGGUGACUAUAAUGUCCCUCUAAGAUAAUUUUCCUGAUGAUCCCAAAUGGUCUAUUGUCUUAUCCCGCAUGGUCUAUUUCCAUCGCUGGCAAAUCUGCCUUUUUGGAGAGUGUUAGUAAGCUAAUAAAAACAUUUUUUGGUUAGAAUAACACUUACUGAUAUGGUCUCACUGCAAAAGAUUAACAAAAAAAUACAGAAAUCAGGAUUAAUUUUGCCAAGUUCUCCAUGCAGCCAGAUACUCCUCUGGCCAUGUCACUCCUGCUAUCUGUGCGAGCUGAUGACUGGUGCCCAAUAUCUGUUCCAGGCUAGCUAACGAUGCCCCCCCAUCCUCAACCAUUUACUUUCUUAUCCUUUCAGUGCACAUACACUCCCAGUCUGUCUUCAAACUGUGUUAAAAUAAAUUGCAGAAACUCUUUCACUAUUUUUUUUUAUUUUUUUUUUUAUUUCAUUGUUUUAAAUAUACCAGAGUUCUUGCAUGUAAACGUUUUUUCCCUUCCUUUUCCUUCUAUUUGUAGAAUGAGUGUGCAACUUAUAAAUGACGAGAACGUCAGAAGUGAUUUAACAGCAGAGUCUUGUGACUUCCUGCUCAUUGCUCCUCAGCCUACCGGGAGGCCCUCUAUUCUCCGUCCAUCACAGAAAGAUAAUCUGCCACCGAAAGAUGCUGCAAAGAGCAUUAAGGUAUCUACCUCUCAUUUAAGUGGUCUUGUGCUUAUUUCUUUUUCUGUCUCUGUAUACAUUCCUCUACUUCCUGUGAGCUGUGAGUUUAUUAAAGUUCAUACUUGCAUCUGACUUUGUGAUUUUAGUCGACUUAACAGUUUGAUACUGGGUUAUCUGAAUGCUGUGGAUUUCUACUCAGACCACGUUGCAUAUCUGAACAUUUCUGAUUAUAUAAUAUUUAUUAUUGUGUUCUUAUUUUUGAUCAUUUCUCUUCACUCCGUUAGGUAACAUUUCAGACUCCGAUGAGAGAUCCACAGACUCGCAAGAUUGUUACUUCCAGCAUUGAAGGCAAGGUGGAGACAGUUACACUGGAGGACUGCACACAAGCUUUGCAGAAGCUUCACCUGUCCGUCACUGAUGCAAAUUGGUAAGUAUCACUCUUGCCUGCGUUGAUUGAGGUUAACCAUGGAAUGUUAUAAUUCUUUAGGAACUUGUGUUUGGGACACUGGUAACAUAAACCGUUUUUAUCAGUAGCACAAAAAGUUGUCUGAAAUGAAAAGGUUUAGUUUACAUUGCAGAUGUAUCUAACUUCCACUCUGGCACCAGCAUUACAGUUAAUCUGAAAAGAUUUUUCAGAUUUUAGCCUAAAUCCAUUUUUGUGUUUAAAUCCUUUUAACUCUUUAUGUGCCAGAUGGGUACGAACUUAUUUGAUGGUCCUUUUCUUGCAUUCUAACACAGUCCAAAAUCUGUCUUCCAUUGUGUCAGCAGAAAGAUUGGUUGGGAAAUGUCUAUUGUCCUAGACUAUCCCUUCCUGGAAACAAAUCAUUUAACUCUUUCAAGAUUUAGUCAUUCUAACAUGUAGCUCCUUUAACUCUAUAUAAUCUGUUGGUCUCGAAGUGUUAUAUACAUCACAAAUCUUUAGAGGAGACCAGAUACAGUUUGCACUCUAACAAAGGCAUAUGCAGCAACAUUGACCUGUAUAAAAUAACUUGGCAGGGUGUUGUGAAAACUAAAAUAUAUUUAAAGAAUUACAAUUUAUUGGUUUAUUCAAAUGGCACAGUCGCCAAAGUUUUUGUGCAUCUGACUAGGGAUCAACCUAUUUAUUUUUUAGAGCCAGUAACGAUAAUCUGUGAACUUUCAGGCUGAUAGCUUAACGAUAUUCUGUACAUUUACUUGCAGUGUGACUAUGUGCGGUAGGAACUCCCCACCCCUUAACUGUCUUAGUUUCCCCCCCAUUCCCCUGUUACUCUCACUUCUUUUAGUGGUCCCUCCCCUGUACCUUAAUGUUCCCCUCUCCCCCUGGUGGUGUUGUGCCCUUCUCUCCCCACCAUGGUCCCUGGUGUGUCUCCUGGUAGCAUGGCUGAGCGGAGCAAUGCGCAACGUGGUACAUGAGAUUCAGUCUCCAGUACCCGGCCGGACUGACAGGAAGUGCUCUCAGUGAGCACUUCCUUUCCAUUCGGCUGGGUGCAGGAAACAUAAGUUCCUGUACCUUUUUGGUUUUGGCACUUUUAUAAUACUCUAUACACUAAAGUAUGGGUUGGUUGAUUUAUUUAUUUUUACCUCUUUGCAGCACUUCAAAUCCAGAAGAUCACAGUAUGAAAUGUGAUCAAACCGCUCUCCCAGAUGAUAUACCAGUUAAAAGCAUGGGUGCAUAUAAUAUUGAUUUUGACAAACUGGAUGAGAUGAAUCCAUUCAAGAGCACUACUCGGAUGCAGAAUUCACCUGUAAAAUCCGAAUGCAGUUUUAUCAAAGAUGUUGCCUGUUACCCUGAUUCUUCUUGUUUGGAGGAUAAAACCCUGUCUGAAUCAGCUGCAGGGGAUGCAGGAAAACAAGAUUCAUUUGUGAAAUCUUUAAGCACUUCUCCAACACAUGUGGAAUCCCCAGUAACUGUUCGUCUAGACAAUGAAAGCUUCAACACCUCUGGAAAAAGCACAUUAGAAGACACACUUCCUUUAUCAACCAGAGAUUCUAAUUCUUCUCUCACAGUAUCAAAUGAAGGAACCACCAGUAACAUUGACAAGGUGACUGGAUCUGAUCUGGAUGUCUGUCCCACAAAGGACAGUGCAGUUGAUGCUGUAAGUGUCAACCCAAAUACUGAAUCUAUAGAAUUAGAGGUUCCAAGUUCUCCACCUCUUCCCAAAUCCUCCUACAAAUUUGACCCAGAACAAAUAGACAUGAUUGAUCCAUUUAAUACUGGAGGCUCGAAACUGAAAGAGUCACCUGUAAAAUCUGCUCCGGGAGAUGCAAGUGACGACAAUGCUGGACCAGUGAAGUUGGAAUUUAAUUUUGGUGAAGGUGAUCCUCCUGUCAAAAAGCCUCCACCGAGGAAACUUGGUAAACGACCUACUCUUAGUUCUUCCAAAAAACAGUCUGGGAAUGUAGAAAAAACAGCUGAAAAACCAAAGGUUAAAGCUGUUGAGAAACCAUUGGAAGAGGAAGUUAUUGUGCCAAAGGCAGCUUACAACUUUGAUUGGGAGAAGUUUGAUGAUCCCAGUUUUAAUCCUUUUGCCUCUGGAGGUUCAAAGAUUUGCACCACUCUUACAACCUCAACUGUCAAAAAUGACUUGACACCAAGUAAAGAAGACAGUCAUCCAAAGGUGGAAUGCCAAGAUUCAGACAUGGUGCAAAGUGACAAACUUGUAAUGGAUCAAGCCCAAGCUAACGAUCUAAAUGAGACCGGGUAAGUUGUUUCAUCCUGUCCUCUUUUAAGAACUACUGAUUUUAAAGAGCUGUUUCCCAAAAAAGUGUACACCACUUAUUGUAUAAUGUUGCAGUGUUGAAUAAUUAACACUCCAGGAUGGUACAGGGUCUUUUAAAGACCAGUGACACUCCAUGCCUUCAUCCCAGGGUCAUGCUCUACAGAACUGAACUAAUCAUUUAAGCAGUGAUCUUAUCUUUCUCUGAUGUUAAUGGUUCCCUAAUAUCAAUAUUUUUAGGUUUCAAGUUACUGGUAGCGGGCUUAAACAUAUAUAACAUGUGAUCUGUCAGUUUUUCUUUCUGAACAAUCUUAGGAAACCUUUUUUCUUAAAGAGACACUAAAUCACCAGAACCACUAUAGCUUAUUUUAUUUCUUCUGGUGAGUAUAUUCAGGCUUUUUGCAGUAAACUCUGUAUUUUCAGAGAAAAUGCAGUGUUUACAUUAAAGCCUAGGGAUAUCUCCAAUGGCUUCUAGAGGUGCUUUCUGGGGCAGUGUGACUGACAUUCAGUGUCUCCACCCUCUGCAUGGAGACACUGAAUUUUCUUCAUAGAGAUUCAAUGCAUCGCUGAGGAGAUGCUGAUUUGGCCAGGACUGUGCUUGCUUUACUUUGGACCUACCUCCUUGACAAGCUCAGCCAAUCCAAUGCUUUCCUCUGGGAAAGCAUUGUGGUUGGCUCAGGUCAUCACUUCUGAUGUCAGCCAAGGAAGCAGAUCCGGGACAAAGCCAGCAGCAGACAGGAAUAAAGGUUAGAUUUGACUAUAUUUAGGUGGACCGGCGGUAGAUGGUGGUUUUAACGCUAUAUAGGGUCAGGAAUACAUGUUUGUGUUCCUUUAAAACUUGAUCAUGCUUAUCUCAUAUUUAAUUCCCACUUUCUAUAACCUCCGAUCCAGUACAAGCACUUUACUUAGUCUACCUCAAUACAAAAAGAAAGCGGCCCGAUCCUCCUUCUCCUACAGAGCGCCGCAAUUGUGGAACGACCUCCCGCACAAUUUAAAAUCUUCCCUAAGCCUAAAGUCUUUUAAGAGAUCCCUCUCUACAUACCUCAAAACAGAAUGCACGUGUCAUGGUUGAUUAUAUAUUUCCUGCCUGUUCUAUGUUAAAUUUUGUAUAUAUUGUGUAUUAAUAUUGUUUUUGUAUUUUGUUGUACCUAAUGUAACAAUGCAAUGAUUUGUGGACCCAGGACAUACUUGAAAACGAGAGAAAUCUCAAUGUAUCUUUCCUGGUAAAAUAUUUUAUAAAUAAAAAUAAAUAAUUACAUACAGGAGGCUAUUAACACAUAAGGAAUUCUAAAUCAAACAAAACUUACAUUAAAGGAAGUGUAAACAUUAUGACUCUUCUUACAGUAAGUGAAUAGGGCUGCAUAAACCAUGUGAUUUAACUCCUAAAUGGCAGAGGAUUAAGCAGUGAGACUGCAGGGGCAUUAUCUAUGUAUUAAAACUGCUUCAUCACACUUUUGAUAGACCUAUCCUUUGUGUCUUAUACAAUUAUGUGUUUGCAUUUAUAGGGACAUUAUAGUCACCAGAACAACUACAGCUUAUUACAUUUGUUCUGGUGAGUAUAAUCAUUCCCUUCAGGCCUUUUGCUGUAAACACUGUCUUUUCAGAGAAAAUGCAGUGUUUACCUUACAGCCUAGUGAUAACUUCACUGGCCACUCCUCAGAUGGCUGUUAGAGAUCCUUCCUGGGUCAUGGCUGCCUAAAAUGCAUCCAAACAUUCAGUGUCUCCUCCCUCUGCAAGCAGACACUGAACUUUCCUCAUAGAGAUACAUUGAUUCAAUUCAUCUCUAUGAGGAGAUGCUGAUUGGCCAGGGCUGUUUGAAUCAUGCUGGCUCUGCCCCUGAUCUGCCUCUUUGUCAGUUUCAGCCAAUCCUAUGUGGAGGAAUUGUAAUUGGAUCAGGCUACCACUUCUGCUAAUGUCAGUGGGCAGGUCUAAAGGAAACAGAGACCAAGUAACAUUUUACUAUAUUUAGGGAGGCACGAGGGGGCUAGAUGGUGGGUUUUAAACCUAUAGGGUCAGGAAUACUUGUUUAUGUUCCCGUCCCUAUAGUGCUCCUUUAAAUUGCCCCCAAAUUGUUUGCCAGCUGUGGCUAGAUCGGUCUGUGCCAGACUCUCUACUUAUGUGGCAAAUCAGCAGUUGGACCCCCUACCCUGGGCUCUGCCAAACAGCCAUUCACGUUUUCCAAGUGAAUGACCCCAUGCCAAAGUGACUGGUAGUUUUACAUAACUUGUUUGUAAUAGUGGGAGUCAAACCUUGGGCGUCCUGUUUACCUAAUUAAUAUGACCAGCUGUCAGAGCAAUUUGUAGCCUUGGUUCAUGCAACAGGGCUUGAUGCACUUCCUGUAAUUGGUGCACACACAAAGAUCUGGCUGGGCUAUGGCAGUGAGGCAAUGGUGAUUGGCUCCCAGGCUGUGUGAUCACUCCUGGCAGCCAAUCCCAUUGAUUACCGGAGACUGCUCAGGCAAUGCAAACACACUGAUAAGCUCUCACUGUGGGCUAUCAGCCUGGGAUCCAACUCUAGGAUGUUUGCUUUAAGUAGUUGGUCCCACUGGACUAUUAAAAUAUUAUGUAAUGUGGAGGGAGGAAUUGCUGCUAAAUCUGCCAGAAACUGGUGGUGGAAUGCCCUAUUGCUUCAACUGUUGAUUCUCUGGCAAAGAGCGCAGGGAGCAGCACCUGACGGACUCCACUUGUGAAACUAUUACAAAACAUCUUGACUCUAUACACUGGCAUGUCAGGGCACUGCUUGCACUAUAACCACUAUGGGGUGUCUGAUAUUUUGCCCCAGAAAUGCUAUGGGUCCCUAAACUGUCAAAAGUGCAAGUCUGUAUGCUAAAAUUGCAAGAUUUGUAAAAAUUUGUAUUUUUUUUUAUUUUUUUUAUUUUUUUUUACUUCAAAUAUCUGGAAAAGGUAUACAUGGUGGAGGUUAAGUAGCAGGAGACUAUAUUGGAUUUUUACAGGAUUGUGGUUUUCCUAAUUGGGGGGGGGGGUCACUAACUUUAACCCCUUAGUGACCAGACCGUUUGUCCAUUUUCUUACCGUUAAGGACCAGGGCUCUUUUUACAUUUCUGCGGUGUUUGAGUUGUCCUUUUGUUCAUUUACUAUACACACAUUAUUAUAUACAGGGUGUUUUUUUGACAAUAAAUGGUCUUUAAUCAUAUAUAAUUUACUAUAAAUAAAAUAUGAUGAGGGGGGGGGGGAAAUUUGAAACCACACUUUUUCUAACUUUGACCCUCAAAAUCUGUUGCACAUCUACACCUGCCAAAAAACACCUGUUUCUAAAUUUUUGUCCUGAGUUUAGAAAUACCCAAUGUUAAAGGGACACUAUAGUCACCUGAAUAACUUUUAGCUUAAUGAAGCAGUUUUAGUGUAUAGAACAUGCCCCUGCAGCCUCACUGCUCAAUCCUCUGCCAUUUAGGAGUUAAAUCCCUUUGUUUAUGAACCCUAGUCACACCUCCCUGCAUGUGACUUGCACAGCCAUCCAUAAACACUUCCUGUAAAGAGAGCCCUGUUUAGGCUUUCUUUAUUGCAAGUUCUGUUUAAUUAAGAUUUUCUUAUCCCCUGCUAUGUUAAUAGCUUUCUAGACCCUGCAAGAGCCUCCUGUAUGGGAUUAAAGUUCAAUUUAGAGAUUGAGAUACAAUUAUUUAAGGUAAAUUACAUCUGUUUGAAAGUGAAACCAGUUUUUUUUCAUGCAGGCUCUGUCAAUCAUAGCCAGGGGAGGUGUGGCUAGUGCUGCAUAAACAGAAACAAAGUGAUUUAACUCCUAAAUGACAGGGGAAUGAUCUAUACACUAAAACUGCUUCAUUUAGCAAAAGUAAUUUAGGUGACUAUAGUGUUCUUUUAACAUUGGGUAUUUCUAUAGUCACCUAAAUUACUUUUAGCUAAAAAGCCUUCAUUGUGGUGCAUCCCUAAUGUUAAAAUGUUCGUGUUUUUUUUUUUUUUUUAAAAGUAGACACCCCAUAUUUAUUACCUUGGGUUAUGUCCAGUCUAUUUAGUAACCACUUAGUCAUAAACACUGGGCAAAGUUAGCAUUUAUAUUUGUGUGUGUGUUUUUUUAAAAAGGGGAAAAAAAAAUUAUGAACGGUAACUUUGGCCAGGGUUUGUGACUUGGACUGCAAAAUGGUAUGCCAUCAUAGGUGUAAUUAUCAUUCCUGGGCUACCAUACGCUCUCAAAGGCAACGUAACCAAUCUGGCAAAUUUCAAUGUGAGAACUGAAAAUCAAGCCUUAUGUUUGACCCUGUACCUCUCAAAAACACUAUAAAAUCUGUAAAUGGAUACAAAGUGGAUAGCGCACUUAAAACUGCAAAAUGAUAGUGUCUGUCCCUUCAGAAAUAUUGUGGGGGGGGGAAACCUGGCUUUUAUUCAGGCAUCUGCCAAAAAAAAAUCAACGUUUCAGUUCUCUGAUGGAACGUUGGCAGGAUACAGUGCAAUACAAACACCAAUGCUUAAAUAACAUACAAACACAUUAACAAAAUCACAUUAACAUCAGUGCAUUGUAUACAACCUGUACUUACAAUUAACCCCUAGUCUGCUUACAGCUGUAGCAAAAAAAAAGGCAGGUAAAAUCAACCCUCUCAAAAGAAAACCACUGGUUCAGAGAUGAGGUAUGAUUGCGUUCCACAAGUCGUCAUAGAGACAGUUGGAACGCAUGGGGGCGUGAUAUACAAACCGCCGAUCUCACUAGUGUGUUUAGAGAAGCUCCGCCCAAAUGGGAUGUGGCGAGCAAAGUGUCACAAAGUACCCAGAGUAGGCAGACUAGUUGGAACAGAAAGGUCUCAUACCCCAAUAACUAUGGGGUUGAGGGGGCUUAGUGUAGAGCAUAAAGCUGCGUAAUCAGUCAAGGCAGUAGGAAGCCGAUCUCACAGUAUAAGGGAGAUGGCCGGGUAGAGUAAAGCCGAGCUGCAGGAUGCAGUGCCUUAGAGGGAUAUACCCAAUUAAGCAAAAAAAAUAAAUGAUCUACUGAUCAGCUGGAGCAAGCAAAGGGUCUGAGACAGUUGCGUGUUUAAUUAAAAUUUUUAUUUAUUUAUUUAUUUUUUUCCUCUUGCUUCUGCUGCUCCAAAGGCUAAUGUCAUUCACCCACCAUCAGGAGUCCAGAGGGACACAAGAGCCCAAUGUGAAAUGGUACCGGGUACUCCUAGUAUCCUAACUAAUACCAUGUGCUGUAUGACGCUUACAGUAACAAUCUAAUGUGAAAUCUUUCAUGAUUGCCAGGUUUUAGACAGACUCAUUCUUGGUGCCCCACUGAAUCAGUAGAACGGGGUACAUGUAAUGCAGUAACUGAUAUAUCUAUCUCUCCAUCUCCAUGAUGUCGUGAUAAUGAGAUGUGUCAAAAUGUCUCUCCUAUUUCCCAUGGACUGCAAACAAGCAGAGUUCUCCACAUUCUGCAUUGUAGAGGAUGCUCGCUCGCUCCCUUGACUUAUUCAGUACUCACCCUCGUACCUCCUAUUGCCCUUAUCACUACCCGAUAUACAGAGUUUGGGUGGAAAAGGUUAACACUGUUCCCAGCUCUAUCAAAUCAGGCAGCAGUGUGUACCUUGUCAGUGCUUCCCGUUUCUCAUAUUACCCAAAUGCUGUCUCUUGAGACAUGUAGAGACAACUUGGGAUGUGAUUGAGUGGUGGCAGACUGUCAAUUACCCUUGUGUAAAUAUUUUGUGAGAAGUUUGGCUGAAGUGUGUGUGUGUGUGUAUUGCAUCUCUGAUCCCCACAUGGCUAACUGUUGUGGUAAUCCUGUAUCUAGAAUGCCUAACAGUUUUUAAAUCUAUAUUUUAUCUGUCUGUCUUUCUUUCUUUUUAGGCUUGUUGAGACCCCCCAGUCUGAAGCAGAAUCUAUAGUUCUAUGCAAUUCAGACACCGGUAUUCAAAAUGAAACAAAGGUAAGUGUAUGUAUUAUAUAUAAAAAUUGACUUUGCUAUGCCAUGGUAGUGGUUAUGGUUCUAUAGAUUGGAGAGAGUGGUCAUUGUCACGCCAAGGGUGCGUAAUUCAUUGUUGCACAGUAGAAUAUUGCCACUUAAUGUAACUUGUGUAGUGCAUACAUGAAUUGGCCACUUCGUUGCAAGGUCAGAUGACAGAUGGGGUAAUGUAAAGGGUAUAGGAAUGUGAAAGGGGGCUGAUGGUUUACAACAUUGAUCCUGUGAUUACUCGAAGGCUCUGUAAGGUGUGAGAAGUCACACAUAAGUGGCCUGGAAGUCUAGUUCCAAUGUGAAUGGACUACCUUCAGCCAUAUGGCCUGUACCUCUUAAUUGAGGAGUUAAUUUCUUUGAUAUGUUACUGAUCAUUAGCCUUGUGUUCCAGUAUCAUAUCCAUAAAGGGACACUAUAGUCACCAUAACUACAGCUUAAUGUAGUUGUUCUAGUGAGUAUAAUCAUUGCCUUCAGGCAUUUUUAUGCAUGUGUUUAUUUUGCCCCAAGGGACACCUCCAAGUGGCCACUCAGAUGGCUACUGGAGGUUCUUCCUGGUUCAGUGCUGCACAGUAGGCAGCAGUGCAAUUCAGCGUCUCUCACCCCUUGCUGAUUUAAGCCAAUCUGAUUUUUAGUCCAUCCAAUGCUUUUCCCCAUGGGGAAAGCAUUGGAUUGGAUAAAAAUGGACAAUUCUGAUGUCACCAAGGGGGCAGAGCUAGCACUGGCAGACCCACGCGGCGCUGGAAAUAAGGGUUUUUAAUUCCUUUUAAAGGGGGCAAGCCACCUAAAUGGUGGGUUUAAACACUAGGGUCAGGAAUACAUGUUUGGGUUCCUGACCAUAGAGUGUUCCUUUAAUAUUUGCCCACAGAAUAGUUAAACCUUAUUUUUGUUAUAUUUUGAAUGUGACCAACAGUAGCUUCUAAUCAAGCCCAAACAUGAUUUGCAUAACUUAACCACCAUAGAGGAAGGGAUUGUGAUGUCUGCUAUAUUGGGUCAGGAGUAAGUAAGGAGUGUGACAUAUCUAUGGACUGGAACAAUGGUAUCAAAUUCAUAGAUGCAAUUAUUUCUGUGGCAAGUACAUAAGAGGAGAUAUAACCAAAUGUUUCAAUUUGGCUUGAGAGAGAGAGAGAGAGAGAGAGACUCGCUUACUUGGGGGCUAGAAUCUAAUUCUAAGUGAGUCACCACCUUUCUUACCAGAUUAGGACUACUGUUAUUUUAUCCCUUUUUGGUUUUAUCUGUUGGUGUAACUAAUUUGAUCAGUCAUCUAUAAAUUUUUUUUAAUUUUUUUUUUCCCUCAUAAUAUUCCUUAAAUUCUGCCUUUUGUCUGGUAAAAUAAAUCCUGUUUCCUGAAAAGACAGUUUUGCAAUUGCUUAAAUAUUGUGCGAUGUUAUUUAUUGGGUUUUCUUUUUAAGUUACUUGGGGGACCAAGGCACCCCAUUUAUAACCUGUCUUGGUGGUGGCAGCGUUAAGAUAGUAGUAUUUAUAUUCUGGUUAGGUGUGGUAUUUUCUUUCCGAUUUAUAGUGAACUUUUAACCUUUGCUCCACCACAACAACGUCAUGCACAUUCUUGGAAUAGAAUGCUUUCGUGACAGUCGUUUUUAUGAAAAACUGUCUUUGCCUUUGCUUCCUAGCAGGAACCCUCUACAGCCACACUUCUCAUGUGGUUGCUAUGCUUCCAUUAUAUUAGAGUAUAAAUCCAUGUAACUUUUGAUGAAAGAGCCUUCUGCUAAUGUUACUGUAUUUCUAUAAUUUUUUUUUCUUUCUAUAGUCAUGUUGCUUCUAAAUUGUCUGAAAUACGUGUCCUUAUUUUGAUGUAAACUUGACAAUAUGCUUUCAGGUGGCAGAAACUACUGUAAACCCAGUAAGUGAUGGCAAGGAAGUCUUGGUUCUGGAUGAAAAACCUUUACCAAAUGAGCCGGACUUUCCAAUCCCUAAAGAUGUGACCUUAAGCCCAAGUAACGACCCAGAACUAUUGGAUGCAGAAUUUAAGCCUGCUACAGAUCAUGAUUUUUUGAUGAUGGGGGAAAUGGAUUUUAAACCUGCUACAGAAUGUAAGCAUCUACAACAUAAACUGAGAUUAAAAUGUAAACUAUAUAAAAGAGGAUGCAAAGAAGGAGAGUGAGGGUAGUUUUAGUAAACUCAGAAUACCUGAAAAAAAUUAAAACUGGCAAAACCUCUGUAAAAAUAACCAAAUUCAGAGUAUAGUUGUGCUGGUAAACUUGUUGUGGUUUAUUUAUUUUAUUUUUUCUCUUUCAAAAUCUGUUUUCGUUUUGGAGUUUAGUGUAAAAAGAGCUUCAUUUUCCUCUCUUCCACUAACUUUUAUAAGUGGUAGAAAAGAUCAACAUUUGAUUAUGAACAGGGAGCUAAGGUGAUGGCGCUAAAUGUGUUUUUAUUUAUCCAUUAAAAAACAAAACCAACUGCUUUACUAGAGGGUUCAAGUAAAAAUAAAUCCUGACAAAUUACUAUUCCCCCUUCUUAAGGUCAGUAGUGUAUAAUGCCAAUGUGAUUUUAAAUAAUGCCUUUGAUCAUUUUUUUUUAUAUUUCUUUUUUUCUUUUUUAGUUUUUCCUUCUACAGCAGGCUUGGGUCAGUCAGCAGAAAUGGACUAUCUUGAAAGUUUUGGCUCUUCUACAGUAAGUUGUGUGUUUGCGGUGGUUUGGUGUUGUGUGGGUUUAUUUUGUCUGCUCCAGUGUCCAAGGCAUUUGUAGAGACUGUUCUCUCUUGCAUUAUUUAACUCUCCUUCCAUUAAGACCUUCUGCACUACAUGGACCCUGCAUUCACUUUGUAUUUCCUUUUGUUUUAGUUCAAGGAGUCUGCCCUCCGAAAGCAGUCUCUAUAUUUGAAAUUCGAUCCUUUGUUGAGGGAAUCUCCAAAGAAGACUGCUCCUGCUGGUGCUGAGUUCUGUAUCCAUGUACCCAUGAAGAACAGGUUGGUUAUGUUCUAGGAUUUUAUGCUACUUGCAGAUAACGGCAAUUAUUACAAUUUAAUGAUCAUCUUGUCAUUCCAGUUCAGAGCUGUUUCGGACCAUGUCAGAUGCAACCCUAUUCCCUAUUCCGUGUCAUGAAACAGAAGAAAAACCUGAAGGGCUGGAUCUCUUGGGGACAUAUACAGCUACAGUUAGUAUUCUAUUUUUAAUCUCAAUGGUACUAGUAUGCAUAAUCCCCCCCCCCCCCUGCAAAGCACACAAACCUACAGCAAUAGCAUAUCUAUGCCAUGCAUCUAUAAUGCUAUGAUUUUAUAUGGAAAGAAGUGUAAUUUAUUACCCAUACAUCACACCCUAACAGCCAAGUAAAUAUUGCUUUUAAAUAAAUGCGGUGAUCAUGCACAACACUGGGGUAGCAUGGUUUGACCAAAUCCAAAUGGCAGUGAGACUUUCACCACUUUUUAAAUCUAAAAUCCCAGCCGUGUUUCCAAAUCUGUUAACACUUGCCUGUUAUGGCAGGGUUUAUAUUGUUACUUGGCUUAUAAAAUCUUGUCUAAAAUUUUUAAUUUCUCCACAAAACAUAGUGAAAUUCCUUGCUCACUUAAAACCAUUGACCUACUAUUUCAUAUGUGUACAUAACCUCUUGAAAUUUUUGUUACCUUUGUACAUGGGGUAAGUUGCAUGUCCAGUUUACUUUUACAGAGCUGUGCUCUUCAAGGUUGUCCGUAAGCACAGUGCUUUGCUGUCAGUCUUCUCUCAUUGUUCUUAUUCAACUUCCUAUCCCACAUUGGUUACCAGAGCAGCCAUGCUGUGUUUAGAAUUGCUUCCUUUUCAGUACGGUGUCUUUUACUUGAUCAGAUGACCCUUCAAGCAGGUGUGCAGAAUCUAAAUAAAAAGAAAUGCUAUGAUUCCAAAGCUAAUAUGUGUUUUGUGGUUUUACAUAAUCUUGCAAAACUUAAUGUUUUAUAGAAUGGGGAAUCUACAUUUGACAUUUAAUAAAUGCAGGCUCUAAAUUGCCUUUGCCUUUUACUUUAAUUUUUCUUCCUAGAAUUCUGGUCCCUUAAUCCCAGAUCCGCCACUAGGUGCAUCGACCUCUGAUCCUUACCCCUUAAUUUCAGACUUGGGGUCAAUUGUUGAAGUCCUUAAGUACAGCCAGAAGGAUAUGGAUGCAGCUGUUGAUAAUGUGCGGUUGGAGGUGAGUAGUAAAACUGUCUAGUGCAUCUGUUUACCUACUGCUGUUUCUGCUAGACUUGUGCAAAAGAUUGUUUUGGCCGAUUCAUACUAAAAGCAUUAAUUUUAAUCCACUCCACCAAAUCUAUUUUGUUUGUAGAGUCUUUAUUGAUCUGGGGUGGAUUAACAAAAAUUUGAUUCGAUCAAAAUGAAACACACAUUGGUUUAACAUACAACUGUUCGCAUGUCCUUCAACUCUGAAUUGCAAAUAAUUGUAGUUCUUUGUCUUCAUUACUCAGGUUCAAGAAAAGGAGCUUGAGGUUGAGGAAUGGAAACAUAAACAUGAGAAACUGUAUCUGGAAUAUAUUGAGAUGGGGUAAGCUUUCCAAGUAUCUCAAUCAGUGUUCUCGCAAUGUAAAUGGCAGCACUACAGCCAGUGACUUAUCUGGGGCUAUGGCGGGGACACUUGGCAGCAGUACUGCAUGCCAAAUUUGUGUAGCUUGUGGUAGCUGGUUUGUGUCUAUGGUUUUUAUGUAAAGUUGUUUAUAAUAUGUUAUACCGCACUCUUGAUAUGAUGCAAAAAAGUAGUAUUUAUUUAGAUAGGUACUGUAAUCCUGUGUAUUCUUACAGUCCUCUGCCCAAAAGCAGAGCUGAUAUGUACCAAUAUUGUUCACUUGCACAAUUGCAUAAUCAAAAUGAUCUAUACAUGUUGGUACUAUUGACAUAUAAAACCGUGAUAAAAAAAUCCCUAUGGUCCCAAGUCACACAAUAUGCAAUAUAAUCUGUCAGUAAAACCAUAGUAUCUUGUUGGGCAGAUGCCUCUAAAAAUAUUGAAAAAAGUGUGAAAAUAAAUAUAAAGUGUGUGUCUGUGUGUCUGUGUGUCUGUCAAAGAAUAUAUCCAGAUCCUUGGAUAUAAUGGAAAUGCCUUAUUGGGCAGAUCUCACCCCCUUCUGUUCUGAAGGUGAACAAUAGAGGUACAUAUCUGCUCUGCUUUUGAGCACAGGACUGUAACAAUAUACAUGAUUACAGUACCUAUAGCUAAAUACUCUUAUAUUUUAUCUUUAAUUUUAUAUAUAUAUAUAUUAUAAUUUAUUUAGAGUGCGGUAUCGCAGAUUUAUCUAGGAUAUAUUUGUGGGCUACCUUGACACCAGCACCACUAUGGAUGGUAGUGCCAAUACAUAUGGAAAUGCUUUAUUUAUUUUCCCCCUCUUAUAGCAUUAUAGCAAAUGGUAAUCCUACUAUUCUCAUGAUGCUUAUCCACCUCUGGGAUGCCAAGAUUAGUAAUUAUAUUAAGCACUAUAUUUUUGUAUUUUUGAAAUGCAAACUGCACACACUUGAUAUUUGGAUCCACCCCUUGUGCCACACAGACUAGGGUUAUAUAACAUUGUUUCCAGUCACAAAAAAUAGAAAGUUCCAGGCACACUGGGUACAUCCAACGCAGAAUGAAUUGAAUACAAAAGCCAGUGUUUCAACUUAUUGAUUGGUUUAUAUACCCUUUUUUUUUUUUUCAUGAAAUUUAUAUGAUUUGUCUUUAUAUCAAUAUAGAAAUAAAACCCUAAACAUUAUGGCUCUCCAAGGCUGUCUGUGCAUUAAGUUCCUGAACAUUGAGUGGCAAGAUUUGCCAUCUCUGCAGUACGGUAAUAUAUGGUUACCCAAUCAGAGGUUGCUAAAGGUUCUGGGUAGAACCAAUUGCAAAACUGGGGAUGUGAGCUGCCCUUAAUUACCUUUUCAUAUUGACGUGACUCAGGUCCUGUAACUCACAAUGUGUGCAGCCUGCUGGUAAUCUUGGCAAUCUUUGCAUUGGUUUUAUUUUAAUUUUUUAUAACUGAUUAGUAUUAGCAAAUUGCUUUUAUUUAUACCAAUCCUGCUUUAAUGCAUUGGAAAGUAAUUGGUUGUAAUUUCUUCCAGGAAAAUAAUUGCUGAAUUUGAAACCACAAUAACACAGAUACUGGGUAAGUUUAAAGUAUAUGCGCUUAUCGCAAUAUUAAUUGCCAAACCUUUAUACCUGCAUGUAACGUUUACAAUGUGCUAUGUAGGAAAAUACUUGGGCUGUACCACUGAGUCCACUAUCAACUGCUUGGUUUGCAGUUCUCUUACAAACUGAUAAAUCACGCUGCAAGCAGACCUGCUAAUAGCAAUAGACUUUCUUUCAUGUAACCUGUCCAACCGGAAGUAUUGGACACACUGCAAGGGAUAACCUAACCGGGAAGGCUAGAUUCUAGUUAAUUUUAUUUGAGUGAAGGGUUCUUCAUCAUGUGCAACGCUGCCUAGAGAUGUAUGAGUAGAAGUACCCUCUCUUAUUCUUGUAGAUUCACAUGUUAAUAUCCAUGGUGUGUUGGCAAACCCAAAGCUCUUGAAAGAUAAAAGGUCCAAAGAAGAAGCUGCUUCAACAUGUAGUGAUUCUGUUGAUGAGUGCCCCCCUUUUUUUUGUUUUGUUACUCAAAACCUAAAAUAGUCCCAAUGUUAGAUGGAUUAAGUUCUCCCUGCAGCUACUUUCACACAUCACUGCUCAUUUUGCUCUACAAUCAAACUCUUCAAAGACCUGUAUUGCUGGAUGCUGUAUGUCACUGAUGGAUAGAAUCGAAUGCCUCUCAAUCAGACCUAUUGAACACUAUGCAGUGUAUAUUCGCAGGCAGCGCGCCAAGUAGCCGCUCAUCUCCCUGCUAAUCCCUGACCAUUUCAAUAGGUUCAACUGUGCGCACACGUUCUUAAAGAGUUCACAUCGCUGGCUUGGUCAAGUGGCUGAUUAUAUUUGUCACCAGCUUGCUAUGCACAUGGUUAACAUUUAGAAGUCUGGAACAGCGUUCUAAACUUACUGUAUUUUGCUGCCAGUGUAACCAUACCUCCAGCAGCUGUGAUGCUAACCUUUGUAUUGGCAGCAUUUCCUUAUUUCCCUACACUUAUCGACUCCUUGCACCAUGACAACUUCUGCAUGCAGAAGUGGCAAUGGUGUUUGGUGCAACUCUUUAACUUGUGUUUAAAUAUUUUAUUGUAGUCUGCAUACAGUAACAAAAGGUUCUGUAUAACUCUUUAAUUUGAAAGACUAUAACAGACCAAAAUAUUAAGGUGUUUUUAUUUUUUUUUAUUUUUUUAUUUAUUUAUUUAUUUUUUUAGAGGAUUCUCAGAGACAAAAAGAAUUGACAAAGCAAGAAUUACAAAAAGUCUUGGAAGAGAAGCAACAAGUACAGAUGGACUUAAAUUCUAUGGAAAAGUCUUUUUCUGACCUUUUCAAAAGAUUUGAGAAGCAGAAAGAAAUAAUUGAUGGCUAUCGCAAGGUAAUACUCUUAUUUCUAUUUUUUCCUCCAUUCUUCCCAUCAAGGUAAGAUCAUUAAACAACUGACUGGGCAACCAUUAAGGAGACUAUCUUUAGGUAACCAUUUAUUUUUUCCUUGGUGUAAAACCCUGUGCUAGUUUUAUUUGCUGCACCAGUAUGCACAGAUCUUUGCUUCAGAGGGUGCAAACUGCUUUGUACUUGACAGCCCAUAGAGGCAUUUCUGCUGCACUGACCAAGUAAAGCCUGCGUGUAAUUAUGGACCGCGCACUCUAUCAUUAGGAAUACAGGUUUGUAUUACUAGUGCUUUUAUUAAAUGGUGAGCAAAGCUUGCACCAUUAUAACUGUUAAAUAUUGUUAUGUAAAAGCAAAGAAACACACGGAGCGCAGAAAAUAAACAAUACAACAAAUUAAAAUAUAUUAAAGAAAAUACUAAAGCAGCUUAACAUCGAAAGGGACUCUCCAAGUUCAAAACCAUUAGAAUAUACAGUGUCCGCGCUUAGUGAAUACUCCACCCUGAGUCAAUCUGGGGUAUCACUAAUAUUUGUAUAGCCUUAUAUGUUGGGGAAUUCUAACUCAUUGAGUCAACAUCUGAAUUAAUGUUGACUAGUUCAGGGAUGUCCGGUAUAUCAUGCCAGUCAAAUGUAUCCAAUAAAUGUAAAUGCGAGGUACCUUAUAAGGUAUACAAAAAAGCGCACAUGGUGUAAUAUUGCAGUUUAUUUCCAGCAAUAACACAUUUCCCCAUGUAGAACACUUAUAUAAAUAAAUGUGGUAUAGUUUCUAAAAACCACAGCAUCAGCCUCGCUACAAUAGCGUUAUUGGUAGGUUACAGCUCCAUGCGUUGGUAUCCCCAUUGAAGCCGAGAUGGCAAACACCGAAACUCGGAGGAACUCUCAGACCACAAACUGCUGCUAUAACCUGGAGCUUCGAAGAAGGCCGCUCGCGAUAUCAAUGCUGUGACGUUACGGCCCUGGCAUCUGUUGCCAAAGGCUUAAAGGAACACUAUAGUCACCUAAAUUACUUUAGCUAAAUAAAGCAGUUUUAGUGUAUAGAUCAGGGGUAGGCAACCUUUUAGCAGCACUGUGCCGAUAUAGGAUUGUGAUGUCUCGUAGCGUGCGGUCCGUUAUUUAUUUAUUUAUUUUUUAAAUUGAGGUGUGUAUGCUGCUGUAUUCUGCUUGUGUUAUUUUUACUGUAAUUGCUUUGUGUCGUUGUAUAUGCAGGGCCGUCUUUAAUAUCGACUGGACCCUGGGCAAAGCAUGUAUGUUUUGUGUGUGGGCUGUCCGUACUAUCUGUAUGAGAGGAGGGUUAUUCUGCAUUUCUGUGUAUAUCUAGCAGUGUGGGUGACUUCGCUGGGUUCCAGUGGGGACCAUGCCGGCCAGGUACAUGUCAAGGACAGGAGCUGCAACAGCAACUGCGUGCUGCUCUACUACUGUGUGGAUUCCCAUUCAAAAGUGCUGGGAGGAAAUGAUCUGAGAUCACUUCCUCUACGUGCUGCAAUGCAUAAAUUGAGGAUUGUCCUUCACCACCUUUUCGGAUUAGCAGAUGUCUGAAGUUUUACUGGGACUCCUGAUAGGCCAGACCCUGUUUGGCUCUAGCAGCCGUGCAAAGGCACCUCGAGUGUGGCGUAGGUUGCCUACCCCUGGUAUAGAUCAUUCCCCUGCAAUUUCACUGCUCAAUUCUGUCAUUUAGGAGUUAAAUCACUUUGUUUCUGUUUAUGCAGCACUAGCCACACCUCCCCUGGCUAUGAUUGACAAAGCCUGCAUGGAAAAAAACUGGUUUCACUUUCAAACAGAUGUAAUUUACCUUAAAUAAUUGUAUCUCAAUCUCUAAAUUGAACUUUAAUCCCAUACAGGAGGCUCUUGCAGGGUCUAGAAAGCUAUUAACAUAGCAGGGGAUAAGAAAAUCUUAAUUAAACAGAACUUGCAAUAAAGAAAGCCUAAACAGGGCUCUCUUUACAGGAAGUGUUAAUGGAAGGCUGUGCAAGUCACAUGCAGGGAGGUGUGACUAGGGUUCAUAAACAAAGGGAUUUAACUCCUAAAUGGCAGAGGACUGAGCAGUGAGGCUGCAGGGGCAUGUUCUAUACACCAAAACUGCUUCAUUAAGCUAAAGUUGUUCAGGUGACUAUAGUGUCCCUUUCAUAGCAUCUGUGUGUACAUCCAUUAACUCACACCGCUGAUCACUAUACAUAGUGCUAUGGCCUAUGCUUGGAGUCUUUUUAUCCACCAGCAUUCACAUUAUAGCUGAUCUUGGAUGGUUACAGCAAGGAAAAACAACCAGCUUCUUUCUUGGCACAAGCCGCAACUGCCUUUAUUUUCACUUCACAUCAGGAUAUACAAACUACACUUCCCUUCCCUCAUCUGCAAGCCCACCUUGACAACAAAAGCCUACCUAGAUCGGCCAGGCAGAUAUCUCAGCAUGGGGGGAAGCUCCGCAUCUUGUGCCAUGUGACACAUUAAAGUCUUUUUGUCCUGCCAGCUUUGUCGUGAUGGGCAGCUUUAUACAUGUCUUAUCGCAGUUUCUAGUUAUUGACUCUUAAAGGCAUACAGUCCUGUAUAUCUGUAGAGCUUGAUAAAAUUGUAUGUUGACUGAUACAAGUCCAUCCAUAGUGUCAUAGUUAAUAGUACAAUUACAAAAUGGGUGAUAACUAUAUUGAUUUUAGUAUAUAUGUGCAAAUUAAUUUUUCAUUUCAGGAACAGUAGGUUAUGGGAAGUACAACUAUUUCUUAUAUACCAUAUAAAUAUAGGCAUUGAUCAGAUGUGUUUCCAAUACAAUAAAAAAUAAAACUUGACUGUUUCCUUAUGUGAAAACCAUAAUCUGCUACCUCUAAACUAAAAAGUAAAACUUUUAACUCUUUUUAUUACAAUAUUAAAAUAGAAUUUAAUGAAAGUGGAAUAACGCUAAUAAAUCCUAAUGCCUGCUUGAGGUAAUUACAUAUCCUUAUGACUAAACAAUGUAAAAAUAUUCAUAUACGUUGUAUGUAUUAAAAAAUCUAAGCAUAGAUCGCUAGCAAAAAUAACUCUGAAAAUAUUGAUAAAAAGAUCCUCUUAUGGCUAUAAAUGUAUAUUAUAGGAUAUUGGACCGUUCAAACGCUGCAUUUAAACCCAAGGAAAUAGUGUGUUUAAGUUGUUUAUCCAAAACAUCUCCUGAUCCGUGAGUUUCUUGUUUAGGACCUCCCCCCCCCCCUCUUCAGGGUAAUGUAACCUGUUCUAUGCCAGGGCAGACUUGGCGCUGCCAUGUAAACAUUAAAUUGUAUGACCUGUUGCAACCAAAGCUUGCUGUAUUCCACCCCCGGCCUCCAUGGUGCUUUGUUUUUCACCAGUGCGUGUGAAUGCAAGAAUACUGAAAACACAUGGGUGCUAAGAUUGCAGGGAGCUCCAUCAGCAUCACUGAUAAACGACUCCUGGACCUUUAAAGUCCUGUUUGUGUGUCCAAACUCUGCUCCAUGCACUUAAAGUGCUUCACAUGUGUUUGCUGGGUGAAAGAACGAGGAACUGACACUAUUGGAGAAGUGGCAGUUCUUACACAUUCAGAGACUCUAGAGCAGGCUUCCCAAACUUCGACCCUCCAGAUGUUGCUGAACUGAAUAGUCUGAGAAUCAUGGGAGUUGUAGUUCAGCAACAUCUGGAGUGCCAGAGUUUGGGGAAGCCUGCUCUAGAGUCUCAUUAACCAACAAUAAAGCACAGUGGGAUUUGAAAUGGACUCUCCGUUUUGUGUUUACAAUAGAAUGUAAUCAGUGUGAAUGUAUUUCUCCAGUGCCUGUAACCACCCCUUCCCUCUUGUUUCUAUUCCUUUAGAAUGAGGAGACUUUGAAGAAAUGUGUUGAAGAUUACCAUUUAAGAAUCAAAAAGGAAGAGCAGCGGUAUCAAGCACUUAAAGCACACGCAGAAGAGAAAUUGAAUUGGUAACGGUUUUAACUUUUAAAAUUUGUGACUUUAGAGCUUUUGAACUCUGUAUUCCUGUGUACUAUUUAGUUUAUAAACACCAAUUCUUAUGUGAUGUGUAACUUUUAUUUUAUUUUUUUUAUAUUAAAGUAAUUCUCUUUAUUGGAUUUGGUCUUCCUUUCAGCUGAAUUAAAUGACUUUGUUUCUCUUUAGUGCAAACGAAGAAAUUGCUCAAGUGCGAAAUAAAGCAAAGAGUGAGACAGUUGUUUUACAAUGCACCUUGCGUAAAGAGCAAAUGAAGAUCCAGUCACUGGAGCGCUCCCUGGAACAAAAGGCAAGUCUUAGAACAUCGUAA